AGCCCCUCUCGCCCUGGCCCGCGAGUGGGGCUGCACCCGCACGGCUGCCUAGCUCGAGUCCCCGCGGGGGCUCACCCCACGAGACCCCAAGAGUAAAAAGCGGCGUAAACACGAGAAGCAGGAGAGGGACCCGAGUUAGACCUUGGGGAGGGGGUGACAGUCUGGGCUGGGGGAUUCAUAGUGUACAGGGAGAUAGCUUUCUAGGAGCCUUGUCCCCCUCCCCAGAGGACGCAAAUUCCGGAGGGAGGUGAGUUUCCAAAAGAACCCACCCCUAGAGACCGUGCCACCCCGGCUCCUUCAGCCGCUGCUUGGGGGACAGCACCACCUGGGAGCCUGUGGAGAGGGUCUCCAGUGGGCGAGGUGGUGAAAGUGAGAUGGAGAUGGGUGGGAAAACGUUUGUCUAGGAACUGGGGUGCCGAGAGAAAGCAAGGGAAGGAGCUGGGAGGCAGGAGGUAAGAAGAGGGGCUGGGGGGUCCGCAAAGUGUUGCCAGAGCGUUCAGAGUUGGGCAGCUGUCUGGGGCUGGAGGCGCAGACUGGAUUGAGGGGAACAGCUCCCUUCAUGUAGGGGCUGCUGGUGGGCACAGUAGCCUACGACGGGGAGUGAGCACAGUGAGGAGGUGAGGAAGACGGGGGUCUCGAGUGCCUCUCCCCCACUAAAGCCAUUGAUGCCAGGAGGAGCCCGGGACAAUCUGAUUCCGGGCAGGGCGCUACUCCUGCCGGCUGGAGCGCUCUGGAAGGCGGGCAAGUUGGUUCCAAGGACGCACAGCCCUCAACAUCCUUUAGCCCACCGCUGGAUAGAGCAAGGCAGCAGCGGACACUUUUUUUCCUAACUCUGUUCAAGGGACUUUGGGCUAAGAGAGCAACAUCUCGCCGUGUCCCGAGACUGAGACUGCAAGGUGGUCGUGGACCGUCCAGGUUACCAACACUGUUUACUCAGCAAAAGAAAUAAAGGCAACAGCAACCAAAUAGGACGGGAAGAAAGCCAGACAACAACACAGAACACUUUCCGGGGCAGUCCGAGUUUCUCCUAAGCACUCAGACGACAGAGGUGCCCUGUGAAUGGGACGGCAACCUACACCCAUCCGUUCUGUGAUCCCUGCCCUGGAGAGAUUGCACUAGGCAAAAGGUUUCCAUGCAUGGGAGAGACUUCUUUUUAGACUCCAGUGCUGACCUAUCUCUGACCUGACUGGCUCCUGAGAUCUCUUCAGUGAAAAAUGACGAGAAGCCCAAAGAGAUGUAUUUGCGUCGCAUGACUGUCUAUCCACUUUCCAGUUUUCCCAGCACCGCUUAUUGAAGAGAUUGUUGCCACUUUUAUUGAACAUAACUUUGGAAGUCUUAGCCACGAUAAUCAGAGAAGAAAUAAAAGGAAUCUGAAGUGGAAAAGAAGAAGUGAAACUCUAGCUGUUUGCAUAUGACAUAAUACUACACAUAGAAAAUCCUAGAAUAAUACUAUACACAGAACACUACUAGAGCUCAUCAAGAAAUUCAGUAAAGCUGCAGGAUACAAAAUCAAUACACGGAAAUCUAAAGUGAUUCUUCAAAGCCACUGCCAAGUGGAAAACAUUUUCCAAAAUGGAGAAAAGUUGUGCAAAGGACAAUGUCAGCAGCAGGCCAAAGAUGCCAGUGAUCAAUAUUGAGGACCUGACAGAAAAGGACAAAUUGAAGAUGGAAGUUGACCAGCUCAAGAAAGAAGUGACACUGGAAAGAAUGCUGGUGUCCAAGUGUUGUGAAGAAGUAAAAGAUUACGUUGAAGAAAGAUCUGGGGAGGAUCCAUUAGUAAAGGGUAUCCCAGAGGACAAAAAUCCCUUCAAGGAGCUCAAAGGAGGCUGUGUGAUUUCAUAGAAAAAAAAAAUGUAAUUCCAUGGAAUAUGACAAUACUAAAUUGAGUCAUAUGUAGUAAUACUAUUAAGCAUGUGCAUGAACUUCUAAAUUAUAAGUUUCAAUAAAACUAGGAAUGUGGUAAUGCCUAAGUCUCUGCUUUUCUUAAAGAUCUUAGCAGAGGGUUUAACAUAUAAUUGACAAAUAUUGAUUGACCCCUUUGACAAUAAUUAAUGCUUAAUUAAUAAUUAAUUAAUGGAUCUAUAUUAUUCCGGAUGCUAGCAUAGAGUUAAUGUUUUAUGCUUCUCCAUUACUCUUAAUAUUUCACCUGGAAAUGUCAUGGUUUCACUUGCAUUUUCCCCAACCUUUCUCUUAUUUACAGAAUUAAGAAGUGUUUUCUUUUGAUUCACAGAAGACCUCUCCUGGAAGAAUGUCUGUUGCAAAAAUUUUUGAUGUUAAUCUUUUGGUUUUUGUUUCUCUAUCUCUCUCAACCCCUGGUCAGCAGCGAUGGUUUUAACAUAACAUAAUCUCUUUCUACAUUCUUACCAACUCUACUUGUCACCAAUGACAUGACUUUUCCCCAGAAUGCCAGCUGGAUUAAGGGUUCAGUCCGUCGUCAUGGAGCCCAGGGGAUUUAACUAGCACUCAAAGGCUAUGAGAAGCUGGAGAGUUCUGGCUCUGGCACUUUACUGCCUAACUGACUCUGGAUGUCUUCUACUCUAGGAUAGGGAUAAUAAUGGCCCUCUCCCCUUUUUCCUGGCAGUUAAAUAGGUUAUGAAUCUAAAGGUCAUCCCAAGUUUGGUUCCUAGCACAUUGCUCUCCCACUCUGGCCAGUGUAAAUGAUCAACAAAGAUCUGUUGGCUCUUGCCCAACCCUGUCCUCUUGCAGUGGAAAAAAAUCAAUGCUCAGAGAAGGAACUGGCAAAUCUCUCAGGUCCAGAUUCUGGAUCUCUGGAUGAAUGAGUGGCAGCAUACUUUAACACAUAUCAAAAAUGCUUUGUGGGGAGUUCCUAUUGUGGCCCAGCAGUAAUGAACCCGACUAGUAUCCAUGAGGACUCAGGUUCGAUCCCUGGCCUCGCUCAGUGGGUUAAGGAUCCAGCAUUUCUGUGAGCUGUGGUGUAGGCUACAGAUGCGGCUUGGAUCUGGUGUUGCUGUGUCUGUGGCUACAGCAGUUACAGCUGCAGCGCCUAUUUGACCCCUAGCCUGGGAACUUCCAUAUGUCUCAGGUGCGACCCUUAAAAAAAGACAAAAAAAAAAAAAAUGCUUUGUGUAUUAAGAGAUUCCAGGAUAAACUAGGAGCCUCACCUCUUUUUUCCUCAGGAGGAGCUCUUUUCAACCUGCCCUAGGUAAAGUUAAAAAACCCUUUGCGCCCCCGCCCCCGCCCCCAGCACUUCCUUUCUUUCUCCCUUUCCCACUCUAAUUUUCCUCCCCAGCAACCAUCACCUUCUAGCAUACUAUAUAUUUUAUCUGUUCAUUAGUUUGCUUAAUUGUGGGCUGUCUCUAUGAGUUUUACAUGUGCAAUUUAAUGUGUAUCAAUUGUUCCAUAUAUCUUUUCCCCCCGAUUAAAAAAAUACAAAGUCUUGGCUAUGGCAUUUAGUAACGUAUAGUCUUAACCAACAUCUCUAGCUUUCAUUUACCAACUGGAAAUAGAUUUUGGAGCCAGAUAACACUAAGCUAAAACCAUGACUCAUCCACUUUCUAAUUGAGACCUUUAGACAAGUAAAUUCAACACAAAUCUAAUUUUUUUCGUGUGUAAAAUGGAUUAAGAUGCAGUCUAUGUGAAUAUUUUAAAUCACUUAGAUAGGAAAUAUAUAGGAAAAAAAACUAAUAAAUGCCCUCUAUAAUUAUAAACCCUUUAGACUUCCUGUUGCCAACAGACUUAACCAUUAAAUAAUCACUGCCAUGGUACCUCAUUUUCCCACCUUUUGGAUUUAGUCAUACUGAUCUCUCCAUCUGAAAUGUCCCUCCACUCCAUCUGAUUUCAGCUUUUUGAAGUCCUACUCCUUUGCCAAAGAUCACCAAAAACUAUUUCUGUCUUUAAUUCCAUCCUCGGUGUAUUUUACGUUUCUCUUAAGUCAUUUAAUAUUGCUUUCUUUAUUAAAAUGUAUAUGGUUGUCUUAAUAUCAAUGCUAUAUUGUAAAUUUUCCAAGUCAGCAUCACUGUUCAUCUUUGAAACUGCCUUACCAACUAAUAAAUUGUCUCCACAAUUAACUUAAUUAGUGCUUAACUCAAGAGCAGGCAAGGACAGUAUUAUUGAGUAAUUCAGAAUUCUUAUUGGCUUAACUAAUGAUUAAAUCAACAGGGGGUAAAGUUCCUAUUGCUUAAAAAUACAAAUUGUUAGCAGAAAUUUGAAUAAGAUAAAAAUUAUAAGAAAGGAAGUAUUUGAUCCAUCAAUCCCACUCCUGGGCAUCUAUCCAGAGAAAACUAUGACUUGGAA